CGCGCGCACGGGGCUCAUCAGUGAAUCAGUAAGCGGCGGAGGAGAGAGCCGCUCCGGUCCGUUAAGAGCUCCACACCGCGUAGUUACCAUGAGCUGCGGAGACUGUGCGCGCCUGGAAGCUUCUCUUCUCCGGGAGCGCACGAGGUGAUGCGCCCUGCGGGACUCGGUUCGGGUCUAUUACCGGAGAGGAUGGCGGAGCUAUGGAACCACAACAGCACGUCCUCUUUGAACCGGUCCAGCGCCGGGCAGGACCGGUUCAGCAGCUUGGAUGACAUCGACUUCCCGGCGGACGGCUCCCCAACGCUGCGCAUCCUCAUCUCCAUUGUGUACUCGGUGGUGUGCGCCGCCGGGCUGGUCGGGAACCUGCUGGUCUUCUUUCUGAUGAAGGGGCGCAGGGGCCGAAAGAAGCGCUCCAGCAUCAACCUGUUCAUCCUGAACCUGGCCGUCACGGACUUCCAGUUCGUGCUGACGUUGCCGUUCUGGGCUGUGGACACGGCUCUGGACUUUAGCUGGCCGUUUGGAAACGCCAUGUGUAAGAUCAUCCUGUCGGUGACGGUGAUGAACAUGUACGCCUCUGUUUUCUUCCUCACCGCCAUGAGCGUCACCAGGUACUGGUCGGUGGCCUCUGCGCUGAAGGACCGGACCCGGAGGCGGGUGUGUCCGGUACGUUGGGUGAUCGCGGGGUUGUGGGUGUCCGCCACGGUGGCUACUCUGCCCACAGCCAUCUUCUCCACGGUGAAGAGCGUGGCCGGGGAGAGGCUGUGCCUGCUCGGCUUCCCGGACGGACAGUCGUGGCUCGCGCUGUACCAUCUCCAGAAGAUCCUGGUGGCUUUCGUGUUCCCCAUGCUGAUCGUUACUGUGUGCUACCUGCUGCUUCUGCGUUUCGUGCGCCUGCGCAGCAUGAACAACAACCAGGUGAAGCGGAGGUCCAGAGUCACGCGCUCCGUCACCAUCGUGGUCCUCUCCUUCUUCAUCUGCUGGAUGCCAAACCACGCCAUCACCUUCUGGGGCGUGCUGGUCAAGUUUAAUGUGGUCAACUGGGAUAAAGCGUACUACAUGGUGCACACGUACGUGCACCCGGUGACAGUGUGCCUCGCGCACACCAACAGCUGCCUGAACCCGGUGCUGUACUGCCUCAUGCGCCGGGAGUUCCGCAAGAAGAUGAAGGAUCUGUUCUGGAGGAUUUCCUCCCCCUCAGGGACGAACAGCUGCCCCCUGCGGCCCUUCUCCGGGACGGUUAGAGCGGAGCCGGACGACACGCAGAUCGUCAUCCCGCUGAACAACGUGGAGACGGAAAACUACCGGCUGUCUGUGUUAACGGACCACGGCGACACGGAAACACUGCAGGGAUAGAAAACUGUUACACCGUGAGAAAGAUGAUUGACUGAUAUUUAGACUCAUUACAGACUUCUGAACUGUGAGUCUCUUAUUUGUUCUUUGUGC